GCACAAGGUCGACUAUGUUCAUGAUGGGAGGCGACAACCCUCAUCCCCAAGAAGACCACUUUUUUUCUUUGAGUUUUGCGCAAUUGCCUGCCGGUUACAAACAAGCCCAAUGAAAAGGUCGACCUUCAAUAUGGCGGCCAUUCAAACCCAGAUUUACUCUCAAAGUUUCGGGUUUCCCACCGGAACUCCACCGGAAUACUUGGCCGUCAACCCAUCGCCGUCUGCAACACAGAAUCCUCCUCCUCCUCCUCAACCCUUCUCGCAGCCCUUUGCUCCCGCCGCCGAGUUCGAGAACCAAAUCUCCGAUUUUGAUCGACUAAUCUGUUUGCAGAACGAGAGAUUGAGAUUGGGCUUACAGAGGAAGGGGAAGCAAGAAAUGGGGUUGGUGAUGAGACACUGGGAGCCAAAGAUUCGAUUUUUACUGAAGCGAAAGGAGGCGGAAAUACGGGAGGCUCUGAACAAGAACGCAGAGCUGGAAGCUCUGUUGAGAGGGGCGGGAGCGGAGAGGGAAGGGUGGAAGAGCGCGGCGAUGGAGAGGGAGGCGGCGGCGGGGGCUCUGGAGGCCGAAAUCAGACGGGUGCAGCAGGGAGCUGGAGAAAAGGGGGCGGCGGCGGCGGAGUCGUGGUGCGACGGCGGCGGGGAGAGGAUGACGGCGGCGGUGUGCAGGAGUUGCAAUAGGGAGGAAUGCAGCGUGGUGUUCAUGCCGUGCAGGCAUUUGGGUUCGUGUAAAUCAUGUGAAGGGUUAUUGGAAUGGUGCCCUCUGUGUUGGACUGUAAAGAGAACCGCCAUUGAUGCUCUCCUCUCAUAAUUAUUCCCCCAUUUCUUUCUUCUUUCUCAUCGUCCCUUUCCUUUUUCUUUUAAAUCAUUAAUCCCCUGUAGUAAUAGAAAUCUAUAGUAGUA